GAGAGACGGAGAGGCGUAUGUCCAGCUGUUGUCCUGUGCCCGGGGCUAAACCAUAGUGCGGCUGUAUGGGGGAGGCAGUGUAAAGAGAGCAGCGGUUACGUCUAUGUGAUUGUCCAAGAGCAGAACGCGUAUUUGUCACGCAGCUUCCUGGGGAGAGACGGCUGCUUCGUUGCCUGGAAGCGAUGGGUCUCAUUUUCGCCAAGCUAUGGAACUUCUUCUGCAACCAAGAGCACAAGGUGAUUAUUGUGGGACUUGAUAAUGCCGGAAAAACCACCAUACUUUACCAUUUUUUAACGAAUGAAGCGGUACAGACGUCUCCCACAAUAGGAAGCAAUGUAGAAGAAAUUGUGGUUAAGAAUACACAUUUUCUAAUGUGGGACAUCGGAGGUCAAGAAUCCUUGCGCUCAUCGUGGAACACCUACUACUCCAACACAGAGUUCAUUAUCCUGGUGGUCGAUAGCACUGACAGAGAAAGGCUUUCCAUAACAAAAGAAGAACUCUACAGAAUGCUGGCUCAUGAGGAUCUGCGCAAGGCGGCGGUUUUGAUCUUUGCAAACAAGGAGGACAUCGAGGGGUGCAUGUCAGCGGCGGAUAUAUCAAAAUACCUCACACUUAGCUCAAUAAAGGAUCAUCCCUGGCACAUCCAGUCCUGCUGUGCACUAUCAGGAGAGGGAUUGUGCGAAGGCCUCGAGUGGAUGACUUGCCGAACUGGAGUCAGAUAACCGUUGCACCCAAAAAGGACUUCUAUUUAUUCAAUGAACUUGUACAGUCUUAAAGUACUUUUCUACACACGAAAGCAUUACAUGCUUAAUUUACAACAGAUCCAACCUCUCUCUGAGCCUCACUUGAAUCAAGUGCAGCUACUUCUGAAAGAACCUCCAUGUGUGUGAACGCACUUUCAAGACCUCAUCGGAGACCUCUUUGGCGUCUUACUGAUGCCUACGUACACUACAAUCGAUUUCUUCUCCCUCUAAGAGCCUUUUAUCCCCUCUGGUGCUUGUAUUUUAACUAAAUGGGUCAAUAUUAAACAUUUUAUUAUCUUUC